UGUCUGUAAGCCGAGAGAAAAAGAACGCGUAAUCGCGGGUUAGACUGAGACAUUUUAUAAAAUGGGUUCCUGAAAACAACGAACAUUUCCUUCAGUCCCUGUGCAGUGCCACGAUGUAGAAACAAUAUAACUUCUUGGCAUGGUUCUUACUGCAUGUUCCUGGAUCUAGUAUUUUAGAAAAUCACAAGCUAAACAGUUAGGAGGGUUGAAAUCUUUUCUCAGCCCAGCCUUGCUCCGGAAUGCAAAAAAGGUUUUUCAAAAGUGAAAAAGAAAUUGUUCAAAAUAUGACAAGUUCCCAAAAGUUUUCCAUUAUAUUGCGCAGACCUUACAGGAUGAAUACACCCCUUUUCAGCAAUAGGACUCGCCAGGAACUGAAAUGCAGACAAACCUACUCCACGGGACCCUAUACUGGACCUCACGGUCCCCACUAUGGUAAUGUUCGCGGGAGUUUGCGGGAGACCUGAGGAGAAUUUAUGAGCAUUUCGUUCGCUCAGCGGUAACGUGCGAAGACAGCUGUUCAUGCGCAGUAAAUCUUCAGCGCAUGCGCCUUCGAUCUGACAAAUUUUGUUCUUCUGUUUUUCGAGGGUAGAAGAGGGCUUUCUCUUACUUACUGGACAUUUUUGUCAUAAUCUUGCAAUUUUGACAAACUUCUUUUACGUCCUCUUAGAAAGCAACGGCUCAGCCACCAGUGGGCUGAGUUUAAAGAAAUUUUGGUGGUCAGGGGCUUAGAAAAUGCCCCUCUUUUCGGAACAACUGGAGGGCGGCAAUUUGUUCGAACUGUUCCCCUAAGUUGGAAUUUCGCGCACAGAAAAAAAAACAAGCUCUAUUUUCUCCGUGAAUGUACGGAAAAUAAUUGUUUAAGAAGUUGUUGAGGUGCUUGGAAAAUGGAUUACGACCACUUGGAUCCAGAAGGAAGUUUGAUGGAUAGGAUUCAAGCCCUUAUCCAGCCUCCACAGUCAGAGGAAUCAGGCAAAAGGAUUAAAAAAGUGGACAAAGAAGCGCGGAAGCAGGGACGUGCUGUCAACAACGACAACUGUGAUAGUUGUGGCGAGGGAGGCGAUUUGCUCUGCUGCGACCGUUGUCCUUGUGCUUUUCAUUUGACUUGCUGUGAUCCUCCUUUGGAAGAAGAUGAUAUUCCAGACGGGGAAUGGCUUUGUAAUGAAUGCAAAGCAAUGCCCAAAGAGGAGGAGGAAAGCAACCAAAAAGACCAUGUAAAUGAUGGUGGACAUGAGGUUCAUUCAAUGCCAGCUGCUAAACAUGUUGAGAAUUCAAAAUCAGAAUCUCCUUUUUCCACGCUGGUAAAAAUGACAACUGGGAAAAAUCCAACCACAUUUUCUCUUCCACCGGAACUCAAAUGCAACACUUACUUUCCAGGUGACAGAAAGAGGAAAAAUAGCACAGAGGAAAAAGCAGUUCCCAUGAAGAAUGGGAAAAGGUUCAUAAAUGGUGACGAGGAAGAACAUGCUAUACCACCUGGGCGACUUUGCUUUGCUUGUAGUAGGAGUGAACUGGCUGGCCGGCUUGUUCAUUGUGACUUCUGUCCUUUAGCAUUUCACAUGGAUUGUGUCAAUCCCCCGCUCACGACAGUGCCGAGUGGCAUGUGGAUGUGUCCAAAUCAUGCUGAGCAUGCUGAGCCUGGGCUUCGCGACCCUCGUUUCAGCAAAAGAGUACAAGCAUAUAAUGACUUGAGAAGUAAUAUAUCUCAACACACGAUAAAGAUGAAUUUCCUUCAGCGAGUGCACAGAUUAAAGAAGCAUCCUUCCUUUAAAAGAAAAGCAUUCCUUCCAACAAGAAGAAGAGCAACUUUGGUUCCACAAGCCAUCAAAGACCAUUAUAACUCUCCACCAGUCCGACUGCUUCCAGAACACGUCAAGAAGAUGCAGGAACCCCUACCAUUACACUCAAUGCCUCUCAAUACACCAACUGCCGAGGAGCAGGAAGAGUGGCUAAAGUGUGUGAUAAGCCUUCAAUGUGGCAUUGCUAAACAUCUGACACAGCCAUCUGUGAACAAAACUUUGAUUUCCAAUCAUGUGGAAACAUCUUCUGUGAAAGGAGAAACAUCAAAUUCAAGUACACACUCAUCAUCUUCAACAUCAGUCCAUUCUUCAAGUACUGGAACAGGGAAAGAAUCAGUGUUAAACGGUCUGACCUCGAAGUCAGACUUACCUAAUCACGUUUCUGCAUCACCAGCAAGUAGCAGUGUGCAAAAUGCUUGCAUAAGUAGAGUUGUGACCACUACGAUUACCACCACCAGCGGCGGAAAAACAGUAACAAAACCACUGACAAUACUCUAUGCGUCUCCAUCAAAAUUACAGACUCACAUGAAUGGACCCCUUAAUACAAAGUCAGUUGCAAGUUCAGGGAACCCUGUCAAUGUUUGUGCUGUAUCAUCGACUCAUUUACCUUCGCAAGUUCUUGUUAAACAGGAACCUAAAACUGUCGAAAAACAGCUAGCAUGUAGUGACUUGACCCAGUUAAGUGCUGAUUGCAAACAGUUGUCUAGUGACACUGCAAAAUUAAUCAGCGAUAUUGGGCAUUUUAACAAUGUCAAAGCAAAAAUCGCGACGGACACUAUAAAAACAGUGGCAGUCUCAUCGUCUAGUUCUGUAAUGAACACUACGGUUAGUGCUGCAACCAGAACAAUUUCUACUGUCACUGCAGCUGGAUCAAGUGGCACCAGCAUAACAAAAGUUGCUUCGUCGACUCCGACAAAACUUAUAGUACUCACUAGUACAAACAGUGGAAACAUAAUUAAGACAAUUGCUACUGCUGGGCUGUCUGCAGCUGGUACUGGGCAAAUCCCAGGUGGUAGCAUAGUGACAUUAGGAGCACCAGGAAGCGCUGCAAAUGUCAAUCCAGUUAAAAUUGGAACUGUCAAUGCCUCAACACCAGUUUCAAUAGGUUCAAGUCCUAACAAAGUUAACCAGGCAGCUGCUGCGACAUCCAUGGCAACUGCUAAUGCCAUAAACAGUAUCUGUGCUGCAGCUGGAGUUGACGCAUUCAAUGAAACAGAGUUGGCCAAGUUGGAUCCAAGGCUCAUUCAAGUGUUGGCCUAUCAAAGGCUCCAGCAGCUCCUCACACAGACCAAGCCUGUUCCCCCAAGCCCAGGAGCAGCUAGAAAAAUUUCUUUCAAUGGCUUAAAAGAAACAAUAGUUCUCCCUCAACAAGCUGUUCCUGCAGGUAGAUCCAUAGCAGUGUUGUGUCCAUUAUCAGGGACUGGUCCUGUGUGUCCAAUGAUUCAUAAGUGUCUGUCUUUGGGACAAGGUCCAGAUAUGGAUGUUUGUCUUCAAGAAUAUGGACAUUGCAACUUCAUUUCUGAAAAGCAUUGUUCUAUAUUUUAUGAUGAGACAUCAAAACAGUAUGAACUUAUAAACUACAGUGAACAUGGAACAUACGUAGACAACGUCUUAUACUCUUGUGACUUUUCUGAUAAAAUCAACAGACAUGUUGUGUCUUCAAAGGAUCUUGACCCUUCCAAAGUCAGCAAAAACAAAUUGCUUGCUGCUGCACAAGUGAGACAAAACUCCAAACCAAAAGGAUCUCGAAGAACUGUUGGUCUUGGUGUGCAAAAGAUCGUCAAAGCUUGUAACUGUACUACUAGUAGUUCAAACCUGAUUGGUGGCAGUGGUGCAGGAUGGGAAGGCACAGCCCUGUUGCAUCAUGGGAGUUACAUAAAGCUUGGUUGUGCACAGUUUGUUUUCAGUAUUACAAGCCAAGCAACAAAGUUGCCAUCAAGCGGCAAAGCUAGUAGUAGUUGUAGCAGUGAGAAAAAACCUGUUGUGUCAUGAUGAAUGUUGAGGUUCUUUGGGUUGUGUGGUUUCUAUAUGUGUGAUGUGCAUCCGCAACUUCAAAUGGAGUUUAUGUUUCAUCAUUCUAUUAGGCUGACUUGACCUUUUGUGGUUACAGGUAUUUUAAAAAAGAAAAUGGUCAGUUAAAAACCAAAAAUAUCAGUUUUAUUCUAUGCUACUUCAUGGAGAAAAUAGCCAUUAGCUUCAUCUCGUACCUCAGUCACAGAAAUAAGGCCAUCUUGUAGGGCUUGGAUUGAAUAUCAUUUUAAUUUCUAUCGGUAAGUAGUUUCCCCAAGGUUUGGUUGCUAAAACUUUCUUCAGUUAAACCGUGGUGGUAAAUGGAACUUUUAUGCUUAAAUAAUUUUAGAUUCAAAGAAAUCCUCAGUAGAGAUUUGAUGCUCACUGUAAUGUUGAUAAGAAUGUUUUAGCUAUUGGCAACAUCCUGUAAAGAUGCAAAGUGGUUUAAACAAAAAUGUUAUCCGUUAGUUUUUCAAUAUUUCUGGUGUUAGACCAGUUACUUAAGAUUCUUGGAUAGAGAAAA